AUGAGCUGCGACAACGUUGUUUUCUUCCAUUUGGAGUAUGCGGCGAAGAGUAAUGCCAUUGUGGAGUUUGGUGCGAUUGAGGUUUCUGUUGAGACGAUGUCGGUGAUGAAAACUUACCAGACUCUAAUCAAACCAAAAGAUUCAAUUGUCUCUACCUUCGACGAGCAAAACGGAAUCACCCGACAAGCACUAAAAAAUGCAUCUAAAUUCAUUGACAACCACAAGAUGAUCUACAAAUCUCUCGACGGAAAAACUUGGAUCGGCGAUAACAUCACCGAUAUCCACAUCCCACGAUUGAUGAAAGCCUUUCGAGAUAUUGGCAAAACCCCUCCUCGGGCCAAGUCUACGAUAGAUAUACGUGACAUGUUGAAGGAUAAUGUUGAGUUAACAAGAGAUCAAGACAUGUUACGGGAACGAGAGCACAGGAGCGUAGCAAAUUGCCACGCGAAUCUUGAUGUUUUCAUGAGAUGUGGAGCUGUCCUUGAACUGGAGAAAAUUCUGAAGGAAAAGAUGAGAGAGCCGGAGUUGAAAUGA